AUGAAGUGCAAGGAAGCGCAUGUGUUUUUUAUAUUAUUACUUGCAUUUAAUUAUGUUCAGUGCGUUGAUAACGGAUUACAUGAAUAUUUCAAUAGAACCGAUCCUGCCACUCGUCAACUAUGUGAAUUUAAAAUGGAACAUCCGAAACCGAUAGGCAUACUCACUACAAGUUCUGGAAAAUUUGUUGAGAUAAGAGAAUCUAUUGGUUUGAAUUCGGAUACCUUUUCAAAUCAGUACCAUAUAGACUUAAUAACGCAUGCUGAUGCAGAGAGAAUUCCUGAAAGGCUAGUUCACGCUAAAGGUACAGCUGCAUUUGGUUAUUUUGAAGUGACUAACGAUGUGUCUCAGUAUACAAAGGCAGACUUGUUUAAUGGGGUUGGUAAAAAAACUCCAGUAGUUGUCAGAUUCUCUACAGUCAUACAAAAUCUCGGAGGAAGCGACCUCGCUAGAGAAUUGAAAGGGAUGAGUGUCAAAUUUUAUACAAAUGAAGGCAAUUUAGAUCUUUUAGCUCUUAGUUUUCCUGUAUUUUUCCAUAGAGACCCAAACGAUUUUCCAAGUUUUGUUCAUGCUCUAAAAAGAAAUCCCAAAACUAAUCUAUUCGAUUUCACCUCUCAAUGGGAUUUUAUACUUAAAAAGCCUGAAACUUUACACGCUGUCCUAUGGUUGUUCUCUGAUUACGGGAUACCGAAUGGAUACAGAAAAAUGGACGCCUUUCCUAUUCACACGUUUGAAAUUAAUAAUAAAAAAGGCGACCGCUAUUUUGUUAAAUUUAAUUUUAGGACUGAACAAGGUGUAGAAAAUCUUCCAUCGGAUAUAGCUGAAGCCAUUGCAGCACGUGAUCCUGAUUACUAUACGAGAGAUUUAUACAAUGCUAUAGAAAACAAAAAGUAUCCUACGUGGAAGUUAGAAAUGGAUGUGAUGACGUUAGAAAAAAUCAAACAACUUGAUUACAAUCCAUUUGAAGUGACAAGACUUUGGAAGAAGGGUACAUAUUUCACAGUACCCAUUGGUCGUCUUAUUCUAAAUAGGAAUCCGGACAAUUUCUUCAGAGUUUCAGAACAAAGUGCUUUUAAUCCCGGUAACUUAGUGCCUGGUAUUCCAGGACCACUUGAUAAUAUGUUCAAAUCAAGACGUUUUUCUUAUCGAGAUACACAAGAUUACCGUCUAGGUGUUAAUCACAACAGAAUAACAGUAAAUACUCCGUUAUAUUGGAAAGUCUACGAUCGUGAUGGAAAACCACCUGUAAGAGAUAAUAUGAAGGAUGCACCAAAUUACUAUCCAAAUUCGUUUAAUGGACCAGUUCCAUAUGUAGAUUCAUCGCGGCCCAAAGAGAGAUUGCAUGUAUUCGACGUAAAUGCGGUCGAUUUAGAUCAAGCAGCAUAUUUUUACAACCACUACUUGAACGAUGAUCAAAGAGCAAGGCUUAUUAACAAUACUGUACCUACAUUAGUUCCUAUAUCUGCUUACUUGCAAAGAAGAGUAAUACGUUUAUUAACACUGACCGACCCGAGUUUAGGAAGGGCAGUAGAAAAUAGAUUACUUGAAGCAUUAGAAAUGCCGUCACCUGCCCAAAUGCCAGUUUUAAAAGAUCCAAAGCGGAGGCAUCAAAGCUAUACCAAAUCUUAAGUAAUAAAAUAAACAACAAAGCUA